AUGCCAUCUUCCGAAAAGGACUUCUCGGCAUCUGAGGAUGCUGACGAACUGGUCGCCGACUUAUUGCAACAAUUCUCCGCCGUUGAAGACCGGGGAAUCGGGUCGGUUAUACGUACAGCUCGGCCGUCAGUCAGCAAAAGCUCGGCGCCGCGAGCCAUUACUGUCACAUCCUCACGGUCAGGCUCGGCGGCUGAAGUGACGCCAGUCAAAGCUGACUCUGUGCCCAAGAGACCUCGGACUUUCGUCAUUGAAGUCCCCCCGCUACCAAAGGAUGCAGACAAAUAUGAAUUUUUACCCGGUCAUUCGACGGUUCGCACCAUUUGGGAGCAAAAGCGCGUUGGUGAAAACCUGCUUUACAUGGUAGAGCUUCAGAGCUCGGACAAGGAGUGGAUAAUUGCUCAGCUCAAAGAUUCAUAUUUGAACACCUUGGAAAAUGGCCGUGAAGCUCUGGCUAGUUUCAAGAGGGAUGGACCGCCAAAAGCCGGGAAGGCGCGUGACUCCAUUGCGGAAAACGAUGGAUUACAGGAUUACGAAGAAUCGGCCAUCUCAGAAAAUACUGAUUCCUCGGAUGGCGAGCAAAUCAUAGUAGCCAGCACCGCGAAGCGCCCCCCUGGACGUCCCGGACGCGGACGGCCUAGACGUCGUAGCACUCCUGAAGAAAUCGAUGACUCGGAUAGCCCCCCAGCACGACGAUCAACACGCAGAAUCAGUAAACCCAUUACCAAUCGCUCCGCAUUUUGGUCCGACGAAGGAUUAUCAAGUGAUGAUGUCCUUGGCAGCUCUUCCGCAAGAGCAUCUAAGAGGCGGCGAUCAGGCAGACAAGCUGCUCAACGGACUUCUGGACGCAUACGACAACAUCAAUUUGAGGAUGACAGCGAUUCGAAUUCGCAUUCGCGCAGGCGCGGUGUGCGAUCGUCAACCAGGACCACCAAACACAAGUCCAAUCGGUUCAAAGAGAGACUCGAGGACGACAUCUCUGAGGUCGAAGAUGCUGGCACAGAGAAGAAGUUUUCAGGGGCAAAGGAGAAGUUUUAUAGACUUCCCAGUGACGACCCCUUUAGGCUUCGGCAUCGUCAAGUAUGUGAUAGUUGCGAUAUCCAUGGGGACGAUCGCGAGAAAGGUCCGCUCGUUUUCUGUCAAAGUUGCACAAACGCCUAUCAUACAGUUUGUUUGGGACCUCGGAGCCAGCGGGAACAUCUUGUGACCAAGGUCGGCUGGGACGAGUUCGUCUUACAGUGCCGUCGCUGUCUUGGUACUGCUCUAAAGAAGGAUGCGACUGCACCUCACCUGGGCCAUUGCUCUUCAUGCAAUGAGGAGAAUCCACCCUCGAAACCAUUUCGACAGCGACUAAGUCCUCGACAAGAACAGCAACAGCGAGAGCAGAACGAUGGACUUGACCCGAUUACCAAAGUGGAUCAAUCUCUACUAAAUAGCCCUGAUCAUGUGAUGUUUCGAUGUGUCAACUGCCAGAGAGCCUUCCAUCCCAAACAUCUUCCAGCUAAAUCCGACUCGAACGCGAACGAUGUUGAGACUUCCGAGCCGGAUUCCGACCUUGCAAGCGUACGACUAAAAGAGUAUUCCAGGAGGUGGCAGUGCCACACAUGCAUCUCAGUUCCAGGGGAGAUAGAGGGCCUGGUUGGCUGGCGACCUGUUGAUGCGGACGCGUACAUUCCUGGAUAUACCGUUGACACCUUAAAAGAAAUUGAAAAGGAGUAUUUGGUCAAAUGGAAACGGAAGUCUUAUUAUCGCACCACGUGGAUGCAGGGGUCUUGGGUUUGGGGAGCCGCAUCACCUUUAAUGCGUAAAGCGUUCUUUAAAUCCCCCAAAGGCAUCAAACCACAGAUGACGUCUGAAGAUGCUAUCCCGGAAGACUACCUGAGGGUUGAUAUAGUAUUCGACGUCAAGUACACAAACAUAGUUAGUACGCAAUCAAGGGAAAUAGAUAUGGCCAGGGUGAAAGACGUCAAGGAAGCCUAUGUCAAGUUUAAAGGUUUGCUAUACGAGGACGCUGUCUGGGAGACCGUACCGUCGCCAAAUGAAACGGGACGUUGGGAUGAUUUCAAAGCUGCAUAUGAAGAUUGGGUCCUGAAAGACUAUGUCAAGGUUCCCAGGGCUUCUUCCCUUAAACAGCAUCUCAAAACCGUCCGUGAACAAGACUUCCAGUCAACUUUGGUGAAAAAGUCCCAGCCAAGUUGUUUGACUGGUGGGAAAAUCAUGGACUACCAGCUCGACGGUCUCAAUUGGCUGUACUACAAAUGGUAUCAAGAACAAAAUGCCAUCCUUGCUGAUGAGAUGGGACUUGGCAAAACCAUUCAGGUCAUCUCUUUCCUUUCCACUCUGAUCGAAGAUCACCGAUGCUGGCCUUUUCUGGUUGUCGUACCGAAUGCAACCUGUCCAAAUUGGCGUCGAGAAAUCAAAAAAUGGGCACCAUCCCUUCGCGUUGUUACAUUCUAUGGCAGUUCCGUAGCACGGAAGCUUGCGCACGACUAUGAAAUGUUUCCCAAAAAUGCACGUGAUCUCAGAGCUCAUAUCAUAGUGGCAUCUUAUGAAUCCAUGGUCGAGGAUAAAGCUCGCAGGGUUUUAGCGGGCAUUCCUUGGGCAGGUCUCGUUGUGGAUGAAGGCCAAAGAUUGAAAAAUGACAGAAACCUUCUUUAUCAGUCCUUGUCCAGCAUUGAUUUCCCAUUCAGAGUCCUCUUAACUGGGACGCCGCUGCAAAAUAACAUACGUGAGUUGUUUAAUCUCAUUCAGUUCUGCGACCCGAAGAGGAGGGCAAUAGAUCUCGAAGAGACAUACGAGACUUUGACGAAAGAAAAUAUUCCGGAGUUACAUGACAUGAUCCGGCCCUUUUUCCUACGCCGUACAAAGGCACAGGUUCUUACAUUCCUUCCACCAAUGGCGCAGAUCAUCAUUCCCAUCUCGAUGUCUGUUGUUCAGAAGAAACUCUACAAAUCGAUACUAGCGAAAAAUAGCAAGUUGAUCAAGUCAAUCUUUCAAAGCAACCAGGAUCCGAGUGCCAAACAGAAUGAACGUCACAGUCUCAGCAAUAUUUUGAUGCAGUUACGAAAAUGCUUGUGCCAUCCAUUUGUAUAUAGCAGGCAGAUUGAAGAGCGCACUACGAAUGCUACCCUUUCUCAUAGGAAUCUUGUGGAGGCAUCUGGGAAACUUCAACUGCUUGAGCUACUGUUGCCGAAACUCAAGGAACGAGGCCACCGAGUUCUGUUAUUCAGUCAGUUCUUGGAUAAUCUAGACAUUGUUGAGGAUUUUCUUGACGGCCUUGGCUUGCUUUAUUCCCGUCUUGACGGCUCCAUGGGCGCCCAUGAAAAGCAAAAGAGGAUUGACGAGUUUAAUGAGCCCAAUUCGAAGCUUUUCGCGUUUCUUCUAUCGACGAGGUCAGGAGGUGUUGGGAUCAAUCUUGCGACAGCUGACACCGUGAUCAUUAUGGAUCCUGAUUUCAACCCACAUCAAGAUAUCCAAGCAUUGUCCCGUGCUCACCGAAUUGGUCAGAAGAAGAAAGUACUUGUCUUUCAGUUGAUGACGCGCGAAAGUGCCGAAGAGAAGAUCAUGCAGAUAGGCAAGAAGAAAAUGGCUCUAGACCACGUCCUUAUUGAGAAAAUGGAUGCGGAUGACGACGGCGGCGUAGACUUAGAAUCAAUCCUGCGACACGGCGCGGAAGCACUUUUCGAAGAUGACAACACCGGCGAUGUUCACUAUGAUGCGGACUCCGUCGAAAAGCUGCUUGACCGCAGCCAAGCAGAAAACACGCAAGUCGGCAAUGACGAGUCUGCUGAGUCGCAGUUCAGUUUUGCUCGCGUGUGGGCGAAUGAAAACGACGCGCUGGAGGAUCGACUGGGUGAUUCUGACGCGCCGACGCCAGUGAACAACACUUUGUGGGAAAAAAUUCUUGCGGAGCGGCAAAAGGCUGCGGAUGAGGAGGCAUUAGCCAACGCACAAGCACUUGGAAGGGGGAAACGGAAGAGAACUGUCGUGGAUUACUCGGCUAAAGAUGCCAAAGAUGAGCAAGAAUCACCAGGAGGUUCUAAACGAGCAAAGGUGCAGCUUGAUAGCGACGCCGAAUUCAAUGCCAAGGAGGAUUCUGAGAGCGAUGGCGGCGAGUCCCUGCUUGAAUACUCGCCCGUAAAGAAGGUUAAAGCUCGACCCUUCAAACGUGUAGAUCCUAGCGCAGUCAUACAUAUGGACGGUUCGAAUGAUUCUAUGGACCGGUCCCUUCCGUGCAUUGCCUGCAAUCAGAUGCAUCCUGUUGGAUACUGCCCACUCAAGCUGGCUGGAGUAGAGCAUUGCGGUCUCUGCGGGAUCGCUCAUCUGGGCUAUCAGCGAGUCUGUCCUCACCUCAAUUCGGAAGAGCAGAUUCUAGCAAUGCUACAGUCACUACGGCAAAGCACGGAACCGAGGUGGCUGGUGGAUUCGGCCAGAAGUUACCUCUACGGCGUUAAAGGCGAUCUCGUGAAAAGAAAAAAGGCAGAGAACAGACAGAGAGAUUUGUCCGGGCCUCCCACUCAUCAUCCUACUCAGUACCAGCCUCCUGGCGGGCCGAUUCCUCAUACAGCAUACCCGCCAUCCUCAUCCAUGAGUGGCUACCACAGUCCAUACACUGCUUCUAAUGCUGUUGGACUCAGACCAUAUUCCCAGCCUCCUCGUUACGACUCCAUGCGGGCUCCACCUCCAGCGUGA